AUGCCUGCCGAAGUCUCCGAUAUCAAGCAGUUCAUUGAGAUCUGCCGCCGGAAGGAUGCCUCCUCCGCCCGCAUCAAGAAGAACGGCAAGAACCAGCAGACCAAGUUCAAGGUCCGCUGCCACCGCAACCUUUACACUCUUGUCCUGAAGGACUCCGACAAGGCCGACAAGCUCAAGCAGAGCCUGCCCCCUGCCCUCAAGGUCGUCGAUGUCUCCAAGGGCACCAAGAAGACCAACUAA